AUGUCUGUAGCGAAAGCACUGGUUUGUCAUCCAUCGGACGGGCAGAACCAUUUUGCUCUCGAAGACGUCCCUAUCCCAGCCCUGCAGCCUCAAGAAGUCCUAGUCCGCAUCAGCGCCACUGCUCAGAACCCCACCGACAUCAAAGGUUUCGACCAAAACCGCUUCGGCGAUGGUGCAGUACUUGGCUGCGACUUCUGUGGGCAAGUGGAGAGUGUUGGUGGAGAAGUGACAGAAGUGAAGAACGGAGACCGCGUUGCUGGACUCGUGCAAGGCGGACGUCCUGGGUGUUUGGGUGCAUACGCAACCCACACCAUCGUUAAACAGGCCUUCUGUUUCAAAGUCCCGGACACCAUUUCUUCGGCGGCCGCUGCAACGGUUCCCUUGGCCUUGACAACCGCAUGGCUCGCUUUACUGUCGCCGUAUUGUCUAGGAAUUGAUCGUACCGCAGCGGACCAGAUCCAGCUACUAAUAUGGGGUGGAAGCACCAGCGUUGGCCAGUACACCAUUCAGAUUGCCCGACAUUUCGGAUUUCAGUUUGCGACGACCUGCAGGAAUAAGGAGAGUGUGGAAGCACUGGGCGCGACGCAUGUGUACGAUUACCGAAGCCCUACCGUGAUUGAAGAUAUCAAGAAGGCUCUUCCCGCCAUUACCUACGUUCUGGACUGCGUGGGAAACGAAACCUCGUCUGCGCAAGCAUCAAGCGCGGUCUGCGACGGUGGAGGGGUCUUAUGUACGAUCCAGCCAAUGAAAACAAACACACAGAACGUGGAAAAGAACGUCAAAGUCACAGAUGUUGUGGUGUUUACGGCGUUCUUCGAUGAUCUCGUUCUUGGACCUUUCAAAAUUCCGAAAAGAGAGGAUGACCGGGAUUUGGCGACUGAGCUGUAUGGCCACCUCCCGGAUAUGCUAUCAAGUGGGAUAAUCAAGCCCAACCCUGUCCGCGUCGUUGAGGGAGGGUUGAAAGGCGUCAUCAACGGAUUCCAGCUGUAUAGAGACAAUGCCAUAUCUGGCCAGAAGCUAGUGUACAAUAUCGCAUAG